GGGACGGCGCGGGGCCGCGCGGCGGAGGAAGACCGCUGGCGGGGGUGGAGUAAGGCCGCAGGCUCCGGCUCCAGAGCCGCCGCUUAGGCGUGUCUCCUCCAGCUGCCCGCACACUCAGCUGGGCCUGCAGCGCGGCCGCCGGGACCAGUGACAGCAAGAGACAAGGUGACAUGAGAGAUUUGACUGUGCCCUGCACUGAAGAGCUUACUGGUAGAAUUAAUCCCUAAAGAGACCUGAAGUGGGUUUCAGGAUGGUGAAAGAAGAGCCCCCGAGUACUUCAAAGGACUUGCAGGAGCUGCAGAGGAGGGUGUCUUUGCUGAUAGCGUCUGUCCAGAGUAACUCAAAGGUGGUUGCCUUUAUGAAGUCUCCAGUGGGCCAGUACCUGGACAGGCAUCCUUUUCUGACCCUCACCUUGCUGGUGUUUGCUGCUCUGUCAGCCGUUCCUGUUGGCGUCUUCCUGCUCCUCGUGGUGCUUACCUCCCUGGCUGCUUUUGUGGGAGUCAUAUUACUAGAAGAGUCCAUCCCUGAAACUGUCACUGUGGAGUACUGGGUGGGCUAUUUGACAACUCAUGAGGCGAGGGAAAGGAUGUCUGCCAUGCGGCAUUUGCCAUGUUAUUGGUUCUGCAUUGGAAAGAGGAAGUUUGUUAUGAGGAAGGCAAGAGAAAGUGUGCUGGGCAGACAGAAACUGCCACAGACUGGUCAUCGCUGUGGGCGGCUUCUCACUGCUUUGUGUCCUCUGUGGCUUGGGCUUCAUGUCACUCAUCAUGUCAGGGACAAUCAUAGUGUCCUACAUGGUAGUCUCCAGCCUCGUCAACUACUGGAUUUCUCCCAGACUGUGGACACAACACAACUCCAAUCGCGACUGUUAGCUGGCCAUGAAGUCUACACACUUAGAGGGGCUCUACCAGGAAUGACCAGCUGAAUGGAACCAAAGCUUUUUUUCAAGCACCUCUGGAAAGCUGUUGGAUCAUCUUUGCCCCUUGGGAUUAUGGCUCAGAAGGGACUGGGUAGUCAAGCUGUUCCUGGAGGUGUCCUCUAGCUUUUUCACUUAUUUGUAGUAUCCUGCAGUGGACAGUUUUGAGGAUCUUGUUGCUCUUGGUCAGUUCCAUCAGCUGACCGACCCUCACAUGGAGAAUCAGCAGAGAAUCUCGAUGGCUUGGCGGCUCCUCGCGCCUCUCACCUCCUCCUCUCCAGAGAUGCACACCUGACCUUGGCAGAAUUCCGAGCCUCUACAGGCCAGUGACUUGACCCCGAAGUCUCAGAUCUUGUUUCCGAGGCCCCAGUUUGGGGCAGCCACAGGUGGUUUUUCCUUUUUCUUUCUUCCUUUUUUUUUUAAAAUGAGAGCUGCUUAUUUCUUCACUCAUUUGAAAAAAAGAGGUGGGGGGAAGAAUCCAAAACAGAACAAGCUCUUCUGCCUUAUUAGCCUUUUAUCAGAAAGACAAACAACAUUUGGGAAUAAUAGCCUCUCAGACAAAGUUAGAAAAUAGAGUCCAAACUUAACCUUACGGCCAAGAGCAUUUUUUUCUAAGUCUAAAGGUAUGGUUUCCACUGUUGAGUAUUGUUAAGUGAUGUUACUCUUUAAAAUAUUUGCACUUGAUACUUUUUUAUUGUUUUAAGGACUUGUCUUGUUAAGCCAUUUCUUCAAAAAGUCCCAUGAAAAUGAUAAAGGACUACAAAAAUUUUUUAAAUCCUAUGGGAUAUCUACUUCAGUGGUUUAUUUCCUGUGGUAUUUUAUUAAAUAUUUAUUGAGAUGAGCUUUUUUUCUUCACUCUAUUUCAAAAUACCCCCUUUCUAGACAUCAGACCCAUUUUUUCCUUCUGUGUCAAUUUCAUGGCAGAUCCUGGGUAAUAAGGCUUUUUUAGUUGCUAGUGAUAGACACUCAACUCAAAAUGGCUUUAAAAAGUGGGGGCAGAGGGGGAGGGAUUCGUUUCACUGAACUAAAAAGCCAAGAGGUAGGUCUUUAGGUGCUGCUGGAUCCAGGGGCUCAAGUGGUGUCAUUAGGCAUCUCUCUCCCUUCAUCUCUCAGCGCUGCUUUUCUCAGUGUGAGCUGAGUUUUAGGCAGGCCCUCCCCAUGUGGAGGUCCCAGCAGCUCUAAUUUUACAUCAGCCUUAUAGUUAGCACUCCCUAUUGGACAAGGAAGCUGUUCUUUUUCAGUAGUACAUUUAGAUUUUUGGCUCCGAUUAGACAGACUUGGGUCAUGUGAGCAACCCCAAACCAAACACCAUGGCCAGGGGGGAUGGAAUAUGCUGACAGGUCAGGGCUGGGACAUGUGUGCAUUCUGGAACCAGGGGAGGGGGUGGGUUAGCCCCACUAGUUCUGCAUAGGUGGGAGUGCUAGAGUAUGUAGAGAUGGGAGGACAAUCCGAUCCCAAAGGAGUAUCGCAGGGAAAGGAAAUGUAUGCCGGGCAGACAGAAGCAAAUACUUGCUCUUUGAUUCAGGAGGGCAUAAAGGCCUUAAUCUGGUACUCAAACUUUUCUGUAUCCCAUGACAGUCAGCCACACCUGUCACUAAAGGGGCCUUCAACUCUAUUAGAGAACAAGAACUGCCUUUUCCUGCCAAUACAUGGGGGUAUUAAUAUUAAGUUACCAUUUACUGAAUGUUUCUUUCUGACCUGCAAGUGUCUGCUAUUAGCUGUCUAAGCUAAAUACCCUGCUGGGUUCUGAGGCUUCAGAAAAGAAGAAUGAAGAGGGCCCUGGCCUCCUGAAGUUUACUUUCUAAUGCAGGAGUCAGCUAACAAGUGUAUUAGUUAUCUAUUUUUGCGUAACGGUUUACAAAGAACACUUUUGUCAUCCUACAUUUUCGGUGUAUUAGGAGUACAGGCCUGGCUUAGCUGAGUCCUUUGCAAGAGUACAACAGCAGCGCUGCCACGUUGCUUCUCCUUUGAGGCUCGCCUGCGAAAGAUCCACAUCCGAGCUCACAUGGUCAUUGGCAACAUCCAUUUCUUUGUAGGCUUUGGGGCUGAGGCCCUCAGUCCCUGUCAUAUGGCAGCUCACAGCCUGACAGCUUGCUUCUUCAAAACCACCAAGGGAGAACGUCUCUUAGCAAGAUGGACAUCACAUUCUUAUAACACUUAAUCAUGUAUGCAUAAUCACAUACAUCCCGUCACUCUCACCACAUUCUCUGGGUUAGAAGCAGUCAGGUCCCACUCACACGAAGAGGAGGGAUCACACAAGGGAAUGCAUACCACAGUUGGGGAUCACGGGCUCCACCUUAGAUUCUACCCGCUACAACAAGUACACAAAAUAUUAGAUUAUUAUGAUAAGUGCAUUGAAGAAGGUAGAAGGGGCAGGCCAUGUCAGCCACAGCAGUCUUUUCUUUGAACCACAUAAUGAGAAGUUGCCACUGUGCUAAGAGCUGGGGGGGCAGGUAUUCCUAGCAGAGGGCACAGCAAGACAAAGGCCCCAAGACUGGAAGGAGCUGAAUGUGUUUAAGGAAAAGAAAUAUCAGUGUGACUGGGCUUGGUGAGUAAAGGGUAAAUGGAGGAGAGAUAGGAGCCCAUCAGGCAGGACCUCGUAGGGAAAGAAAUUUACAGCAAAAAGCAAAGGGAAGAUGUUGAAGAAUUUUACACUUUGCAUUAAGAGGGACAUAAUUAGACUUAGAUUUUUAAAGGUCACUUGUGGCCAAUGCAUUGGGAGUCAGAAGUCCAGUUAGGAGGUCUGUGGAGGUCCAGAGCAGAGGAUGGUGUGGCUUACACUAGAGUGGAAGUAAUGGAGACCCUCCCCAUUUGGAGAGCUAGCAGCAGUUGGUGAUGGAUUGUAUGUGGGUAGUGAAGGAAAGGGAGACACAAGGAUGGCACAUAAAUUUUUAAUUUGAGCCAGAGGAUAGUCAGUGACACUAUUUUCUGAUAUGGGUGCUGUGUGAAUAGUCAAAAUCUGCUUUGCUCAUAUUGAGUCAGAUAUGCCUUUUUGACACCAAGAGGAUGUGACAAAUGAACAGUGGCUUAGAGAGUAGGUAUGGGCUGGGGAUACAAGAUUUAGGAGUAUUUUCAGUACUAAGAGCUUUACACAGCCUUCUUACGGAAUGCUCUCCUCAGAGAAGCCAAGAGAUCAUUUUAAAACAUAUUUCUGACCACAUAAACAGCCUUGCUUCAAACUCUGCAGAGUGCAAGUUGCUUUCCCACCGCACUUAAAAGUGCUAACUAACUCCUUCCCAUCACAAGCUGCACCUGCCAGCUUCUCAUUUUUCAUAUUCCCUUAGCCUCUGGAUUUUAGAGGUGAAUGAAACUCAGGUUCAGAGCAGAAAUGAUUCACCAAUUCUGCCAAGAAACGUGGCAUCUAAAUCAAAGCUUUGCAAUUCAGGCUGUCUGUCACACUGCCUGGAGCCUGAGGCCUUUGCCGAUCAAACGAAGUAAAAUACAGAACCCAGCACAGCGCCUGCCACAGAAUAGGCUCAUAAACAAUAGUUGUCAAAGUGCACGGUGCACCAUCAUUUGAAACUGAGUGGAACAGUUGUAAGGUUAACCAUGGGGAAGGUAGUCAAUAAUAUUGAAUUAGCUUUGUAUGGUGACAUGGUAACUAGACUUAUUGUGAUGACCAUUUCGUAAUGUACAAACACAUUGACUCACUGAUGUACACCUGAAACUAACAUUGUGUGUCAAUUAUACUUAAGUAAAAAAACGGUAUUGUUGGCCUUUUAGGCACAGUGCAAUGCGUUCCUUAUUUGGAAAGGUAAUUAAAAGCACAAAACUGACUUUA